AUGAUGAUGUCAUGCGAGGGUCAGUUAGCCCUGUCAUACACCCAGCUGACCACAGUGACCAGUGAGAACCAGACUGUCAAUACUCGGCAUAAUGUGCCCCUAACGGUUAACUUGGGUACUAUGGACAUUGGGCGGGAAGAUAUUGGAGCUGAUGGGAGCGAGCUUGGUUCUCCAUCAACCUAUAUCGCCAGUGACAGCGAGCUUACACCCUGUUCCCUGGGGGCAACGCCGGAUACACCCAUGAGCCCGUACGCUAAUGUUCACAAACAUUUUGUUUUUCCGGGAGAAAGUGGUUUCCAUCAUAGCUCCUCUAUCAAUGUACAACAAAGUAAAACACCCAGAAAAAUUAGUACGUCCUCCUCUCGAAGACGGAAUUCCUUGACUCCAGGAAGAGAAGUGUUACGGAAAAGGCGACUGGCUGCAAAUGCUAGGGAAAGAAGGAGAAUGGAAAGUUUAAAUGUGGCCUUUGACAAACUACGUGAUGUGGUGCCUUCCAUUGGAGACGAUCAAAAAUUGUCAAAGUAUGAAACACUUCAAAUGGCGCAAAGUUAUAUCAAUGCAUUGAAAGAUUUACUUUCCUAG